UUGAAACAAUAUUUUCUUUAAAUGAAUCAAGUAUGGAAUAAACCAAAUGUUAAAGGUGAAUGGGAUAUAACUACAGAAAAUGAGAUGGUAGAGUAUACUCAGAGACAUGGACAGGCUACACAGAGGGUAUAUCAACAUAAGGUCAAGGACUCCAGGAUCUUAUGGCAGAAUAAAGGAAGGCCUAGUGAUUGCCUGAUAAAAAAGUUUCGAGAAGAAGCUAAGAAUAAACUUACAUGAAGGCAAUACAAAAGGAUUUUAUCAAACCCCAUGAAAAGAGGCAUAAGAGGGAUUCAUGAAGACAAGAAUAAUGGGCUGAUGGUGAAAAAGAGUAGAGGGAUUGAGAGAAGUAGAAGUGAAGUCAACCCCAGUCUGAGGAUGGAUCUAGAGGAGAAAGAGAGUGAUGAAGAACAAAUACAUGUAAGCGGCAACAAUCCUCAGUCACCAUGAGAGAAAGCUUUGAACAAAGAAGAGCCACAGUCUUCUAUUGAGAUUAUCUCAAUCAGCGAUUUCAGCCAGAAUGUGUUUUCUAAUAGCAAUAAAUCGCCAAAGAAUUCAUCAUCAAGCUCAAAUAUGUUUAAGGACGAGAGGAAAUCCCCUGAAUUCAGCUUCCCUGUGAAUCUCAAAGAAGACAUGGUCUCUAGCUCUAGUUAUCUCUACGGCUAGAGUAUAAUCAUCCUUCGUCGUUUGGCAGGCAAAGCUUAUUGAUAUAUAUUGAAUUUCGAAAAAUUUCAGUUUUCAAAUGGCUUGGGUUCUAAAGCAUAGUAAAAAAUCCUAAAAGUCUGAGCUCAACUAAAAGUAAAAAAAGUGUACUGACAGAAAGUAUGAGGUUUAGGAAUAAUUUAAGCAGGUAUAUAAAGAUGAAAAUAGUCGAGUAUAUCUGCUUUUAGCCCAUUACAGAUCAGUAAAAUCCCAAAACCUUGAUUCUCUCUAAUUCUUACUCAUUUCACCAACCAUUUCACUAAACACCUCCUAAUCCCAAAAAUUUCCCAAAAGUACUCCCUCCUUCCCCAUUCCUCCACCCCUCUUCCAACCCCCCUAAAAUUCCCCACAAAGCCCCAUUCCUUCCACUCAGAGGCCUAAAUUCAUCCCUAAACUUCCACUAAGCCCACUCUAAACUUCCCUUAAGAGUCCAUGGUCUGUAAGAAAUGUUAAUUUUAGUAUGAU